GGGAGGCGGGCGGGGCGGCGCGGCGCGCGGGGCUCGGCUGGCCUCGGCUCGCCUCGGCUGCGCUCGGCAGGCUGCGGUAAAUCCGGGCUUGCGGCCGCUGGUGUAGUCUGUGGCCGGGUGGUCGUUGCUGCGCGCCCCGAGCCCCGACAGCCAUGCAGAUGUCCUACGCCAUCAGGUGCGCCUUCUACCAGCUGCUGCUGGCCGCGCUCAUGCUGGUGGCGAUGCUGCAGCUGCUCUACCUGUCGCUGCUGUCCGGACUGCACGGACAGGAGGAGCAAGACCAAUAUUUUGAGUUCUUUCCCCCGUCCCCACGGUCCGUGGACCAGGUCAAGACGCAGCUUCGCACCGCGCUGGCCUCCGGAGGCGUACUGGACGCCAGCGGCGAUUACCGCGUCUACAGGGGCCUGCUGAAGACCACCAUGGAACCCAACGAUGUGAUCCUGGCCACGCACGCCAGCGUGGACAACCUGCUGCACCUGUCGGGUCUGCUGGAGCGCUGGGAGGGCCCACUGUCCGUGUCGGUGUUCGCGGCCACCAAGGAGGAGGCGCAGCUGGCCACGGUGCUGGCCUACGCGCUGAGCAGCCACUGCCCCGACAUGCGCGCCAGGGUCGCCAUGCACCUCGUGUGCCCCUCUCGUUACGAGGCAGCCGUGCCCGACCCCCGGGAGCCGGGGGAGUUUGCCCUGCUGCGGUCCUGCCAGGAGGUCUUUGACAAGCUAGCCAGGGUGGCCCAGCCCGGGAUUAAUUAUGCGUUGGGCACCAAUGUCUCCUACCCCAAUAAUCUGCUGAGGAAUCUGGCUCGUGAGGGGGCCAACUAUGCCCUGGUGAUCGAUGUGGACAUGGUGCCCAGCGAGGGGCUGUGGAGAGGCCUGCGGGAAAUGCUGGAUCAGAGCAACCAGUGGGGUGGCACCGCGCUGGUGGUGCCUGCCUUCGAGAUCCGACGAGCCCGCCGUAUGCCCAUGAACAAAAACGAGCUGGUGCAGCUCUACCAGGUUGGCGAGGUGCGACCCUUCUAUUAUGGGUUGUGCACACCCUGCCAGGCACCCACCAACUAUUCCCGCUGGGUCAACCUGCCAGAAGAGAGCUUGCUGCGGCCUGCCUACGUGGUACCUUGGCAGGACCCCUGGGAGCCAUUCUACGUGGCAGGAGGCAAGGUGCCCACCUUCGACGAGCGCUUUCGGCAGUACGGCUUCAACAGAAUCAGCCAGGCCUGCGAGCUGCAUGUGGCGGGGUUUGAUUUUGAGGUCCUGAACGAAGGUUUCUUGGUUCAUAAGGGCUUCAAAGAAGCGUUGAAGUUCCAUCCCCAAAAGGAGGCCGAAAAUCAGCACAAUAAGAUCCUUUAUCGCCAGUUCAAACAGGAGUUGAAGGCCAAGUACCCCAACUCUCCCCGACGCUGCUGAGCCCUUCCCUACCCUAGUCUGAGAAGUCAGCCUCUGGGCUCCUCAGGCCACCGUUUAGGCCUGACUGGGGUAAAAAAUGUCGCUCCACUUUACAGAGGUAGCUGUGGUGUUGAAACACUGGACUUGAAUAUGGGGUGCUGGGAUCGAGUCCUAGCUUUACCACUAACUAGCUGUGUGGCCUUGAGUAAAUCCCGUUACCUCUCUGAGCCUCGGUUACCCUGUCUGUAAAAAGGGAGGUGAGAAUACCUACCUCACGGAACUGUCGGGAGGCUCAGAUGAGAUGUUGUAUGUGAAAACAUUCUGUAAGCUUCGUACAAAUGUGAAGUAUUAAUAUUAUCGCAGUAUUAUUAUUGUUAUUAUUAUUGUUAUUAUUAACAAUCUUGGGUGGGUAGUAGGAGAGCAAAAAGUAUGAAUGGGAUGGAGCUAAGAAGUCUGAGUACUUAAUGAAAUGGACUUUUUGGAAAGAAAUCAGAUGAAGGCAUAAACUUUAGUUCUUAGCUCUUGAACAGAAGCCUAAAAUUCUUGGUUCUCUCAGGCCUUCGCCCUCAAGGGCUCUAGAGGAGGGAAGACUCUGCAGGCUCCAUGGGUGACAGCCUGAGAUCUGUCCCUUCAACAGGCUGGGCUGGGUAUGUGCCUACCGAUGACAAUGUGUAAAUAAAUGCGUGUUCACACCCACAGCUGGCUCCGUUACUCUCCUGAGCUGGGGGUGGGGUUCGGGGCCGGCUUCUCCCCUUGCACGCCAUGGGGAGGUGGCAGCGGACGAAGGGCGCCGUCUGCAAAGGACUGAAAUAGCAGGCCCUUUUCUGCAGGCCAAAAGCCUG